AUGCUCGCAUCAUCGAGCGUCGCCCUUGUCCGAUUUCACUGCUCACAGUUGGUGGUUGAGAGACUUGAUCCUUUAGUGAACCCGGGUCAGAGACCUUCAGCACAUGUUCACCAGAUUGUUGGUGGAAACUCUUUUAACGCGACGAUGGAACCUACGAAAGACAUGCCAGGUGAAUCAACGUGCACAAGCUGCCAAUUCAGUGACGACUUCUCGAAUUAUUGGACGGCGGUUCUGUAUUUCCGGGCACAGAAUGGAAGCUACAAACGCGUACCUCAAAUGGGCAAUAAUCAAUUCGAAAGGGCGAAAGGGGGAUUGACUAUCUAUUACAUGCAAGAUGCUAUCUAUGAGACGAAGCAGACGUCUAAAGUCACUGCCUUUAAACCAGGAUUCCGCAUGUUUGUUGGCGAUGUAUACGCUCGAACGCUUGACGAAGCAGCCCGCUAUCGGCAACUUACGUACACUUGUUUGGACACGUUUGUAACCCGUGCACCCGAGACGAUCGCCUUUCCCACUCGGAAAUGUAAAGAAGGAAUCAUGACUUCCCUUCGAUUCCCAACAUGCUGGGAUGGUAAGAACCUGGAUAGCCCUGAUCACAUGGCACACAUGAGUUAUCCGGAGACAGGAACAUUUGAAAGCAGUGGGCCCUGCCCGGCUACACAUCCUGUACGUACAGCGCAGGUCAUGUACGAGGUUAACUGGGACACAAAACCUUUCAACAAUCUAGAAUGGCCUGCAGAUGGAAGUAACCCAUUCGUUUGGUCGUUUGGCGAUGCGACAGGGUAUGCGAAUCAUGCGGAUUACAUGUUCGGAUGGAAGGACGACAGUUUGCAGAAGAUCUUGGACUAUCCAUGCCAUUUUACCACAAAUUGCUCAGAGAGCGGUGCAAAGAUGCAGAGCAUCGAAGCGAUGAACAAAUGUACCCAGCCAGUUACAGUCGACGAGGACAUUGAUGGAUGUAAGUACAACUGUGAAACCGGAACAUGA